CUGCUCCACCAACCAACCGCAGCCUGACUUCAGCGCUCCCACUUUUGGCCGGAUCCUCAGCCCAUCGGCCUUUCGCGCCGCCAUGGAUCUCUCCGCCAUCUACGAGAGCCUCUUGUCGGUGAGCACUGACCUGCUAUCUGACCACGGAGAGAGCGAGUCCAGCCCAACCUGGUCCUCCUCCGGACUCUGGAGCCUCAGCUCAUCCGACAACAACCCGGCUGGGGUGGGUGCCCGCCUGCCUGGCCGUUCCACCAGCCUGGUGGAGGGUCGAAGCUGUGGCUGGGUGCCGCCACCCCCGGGUUUCGCCCCCCUGGCUCCCCGCCCGGGCCCUGAACUGUCGCCCUCACCCACCUCACCUACUGCAACCCCCACCACCUCAUCCCGGUACAAGACUGAGCUCUGUCGGACCUUCUCGGAGAGCGGGCGCUGCCGCUAUGGGGCCAAGUGCCAGUUUGCCCAUGGUCUGGGGGAGCUGCGCCAGGCAAGCCGCCACCCCAAAUACAAGACCGAACUCUGCCACAAGUUCUACCUCCAGGGCCGCUGCCCCUACGGCUCCCGCUGCCACUUCAUCCACAACCUCAAUGAAGAUUUGGCUGCCCCGGGCCACCCCCCUGUCCUGCGCCAAAGCAUCAGCUUCUCAGGCCUGCCCUCCGGCCGCCGGACAUCACCGCCACCGGCAGUCCUGGCAGGCCCUUCCCUGUCUUCCUGCUCUUUCUCUCCCUCCAGCUCCCCACCACCACCACCUGGGGACCUUCCACUUUCACCCUCUGCCUUUUCUGCUGCCCCUGGGACCCCAGUGGCCCGAAGGGACCCCACCCCAGCCUGUUGCCCCUCCUGUCGAAGGGCUACCGCUAAUAGCGUCUGGGGGCCCUUGGGUGGCCUGGCUCGGAGCCCCUCUGCACACUCUCUGGGAUCUGAUCCUGAUGAAUAUGCCAGCAGUGGCAGCAGCCUGGGGGGAUCCGACUCACCUGUCUUCGAGGCUGGGGUUUUUGGGCCCCCCCAGCCGCCUGCAGCUGCAGCCCCCCGGCGACUUCCCAUCUUCAACCGAAUUUCGGUGUCUGAGUGACAAGUGCCCCACCCGGUACAGAUCAGCUGGAUCUCAAGGGGGCCAUUUCUCUUUUGCUGGGGGUUCCGGGUAACCCGGGGACUCAAUCAAAUAGCCUCCCCCACCUUCCGAAGUGCAUUAACCCACUCCCCUGACCCCACGCUGGGGCAGGUCCCCAGUGUGCAAGCUGUGUUCAUGGUGUUGGGGGACGGAGUGUUUUCUGGGGUCUUGUAAAAAGAAAAAAAAUGUAGCAGAUUUGAGGAAGGCAGUGAGCUCUCUACCCACCCCUCCCUUUCCCAAUGCUGUGAAUAGUAGGCUCCCACUGCCCCCUUCCAAUUUCUCCUAGACCCUGAGGUUCCGGUGCCUGGUGGUGACUGGAGCCUCCCCCUGAGGGGGAAUCCUGGUGCUCAAAUUUCCCUCCAAAAGCAAGUAGCCAAAGCCAUUGCCAAACACCCCCAACCCACCCAUUGGGCCCCUUAUUUAUGACGACUUUAUUUAUUCUAUUAGAUUUUAUAGUAUUUAUAUAUAUGGGUCGUCUGCUUCCCUUGUAUUUUUCUUCCUCCUUUUUGUAAUAUUGGAAACGAUGGAAUAAUUAUUGUUAUAAGUAUACUAUAAUAAUAUAUUAAGUAAUAUAUUGUUGAAAGUUUA